AUGAUGCAAACUAUUGCUUUUUAUCCUGCCUUCUUUUCUUCUGCCCUUCUCGUCUCGUCGAGAAAAAGAAAACUUUUCUCCGUUGCUCUUUGCUCUUCGGAGCAAGAGAAAAGGAAUAAGAGACAGAAACUGUUCUCUCCUGCUGCUGUUCGUCGUCGUGUCCGCCUUUGCGUGGCUCAGCCACGUAUUUCACGCGCUCGGCGUUAUCGCCCUUCGGGUGUACGUCGUCGUCUUCCUCUGUCUUCUGUGUGUGCUCCUGCCCAUCCUUUGUCCUUUCUUGUUGCGGCUUCCCCUCGGUUUUCAAUUGUUCUGAUUAGUUUGAUCCAAUCUUUCAAAUUACUUAAGAUCAAAUGCUCUUGGUUCUGUUCGUUACUUUCAGCAUUUUUGAGAAAUUUGUUUAAAAACUCCCCGAAUAUGCCACCAUUAGGAAAUAUGUGUCAACAAUGUGAAAGUGGAUUAGUAAUAGUCUUUCUGAAUUUGACUUUGGUACGUUUCAGCGACAGUAAUAGGGAACAACAUACUAUUACUUCCAUUUUACAUGCGCUUAUGCUUAUUUCUCUCAGAGUUUCCCAAUGGACUUUGGUCAUUGUAAUUCCUAAUGGCCAUCAAAUGCAUAGUUGCUUAAGAUUUAAAAAACUGGGAUUGUUCUAUGGAGAAUAUUUAGCGCCUCUUUGGAUCAAGAUGUAA